AUGAGUGGUAAGUAUAGGCCAUUUGUGAAGAAAGUUGAUGGGAAUGAGGUAGCUGUGAAGAAGAGAGUGCGAUCCACGGGCACCAAAAAAUGUGAAUGCCCAUUUGAAUUGAAAGCUAUAAAGGGCAAUGACGGUUCGACUGUCUCUGUCCACAAUGGCACCCACAACCAUCCUCCAGCGCUGUACUUGGAGGGCCAUUCGUAUGCUGAGAGGUUGUCAACAGAGCAGAUUAGCACAGUGGUUGAUUUGUCAGUCGCUUUGGUGAAACCCAGAGAAAUCCUAACCCAUUUGAAGGUUCAAGAUCCUGAGAACGUAACGUCUAUGAAAACUGUGUACAAUGUACGACAAAAGUAUCGAGUGAUAGAGAAAGCUGGGAAAUCUCAAAUGCAACAUUUGUUGGAUUGGCUAGAAAAGUACCACUAUGUUCAUUGGACCCGUGGGAACGAGACUGAGAAUGUCACGAAGUUGUUUUGGCCUCCCUCAUCUGCCGGGGAGAUGUUACGUGCUUUUCCCCAUGUGUUAAUGAUGGAUUGCACAUACAAGACGAAUAAGUACAAGUUUCCUUUGCUUCAAAUUGUUGGUGUAACAUUGACGAAGAUGAUUUUUUGUGCAGCGUUUGCUUUCAUGAAGUGUGAAAAAAUGGAAAACUACACUUAG